AAAGAGCAGCGUGACAGAGAUGCGGAGACUCGAAUUUAAACACCCGCCUCUCGAUGAAGGCUCUUUGCAGAAGCCUGCCUCCCUGCAGACUCAGUGACGGCUGCAGGAGUCUGACGGGGUCUCUCCUGAGAGCGCAUCCUGCGGACCUUCUCUGUCCAAGCUGCGUCCAGCCCCUCCGGCUCAGAGCGCGCGGGGACAUGAGUCACAAGACCAGCCUCUGUUGGAUUCGCACGAGUCUGCCUGGCUGGGAAUGAACUCUAGCAGCGUUCGUGAUGAACAGCCGUCCUCAUUUUCUUUCCACAUGAGAAGUUUUAAAAGAAGCUGUCUGAGGGGAAACAACGCGCGCGUCCGAUUGGUAGAUAAACAAUAAUACAAAUUAAAUAAAUAAAUAAAAAAUAAAAACCGCGCGGCUCCAUCAACCCGACGUUGUUCCAGAGGAGGCUGAGGGUUGCAUGCCUCAAGUGCCAGCAAAUUGCACUGAGCGGGAGCCCUCUGCUGUGGAGACGCAAGGCAUAUUCUGGAGGAUGGACGACAGAGCUGAGGAAGACUGUUCGAGGGAGAAUGGACGCGGUGACGGCAUAAACAGCAAAUCCUGCACCAGCCUGAGGAUGUUUCUGGUGGCUUUGUCCUUUGCCUAUUUUGCAAAGGCUCUGUCGGGGAGCUACAUGAAGAGCACAAUAACUCAGUUGGAACGGCGCUUCGACAUCCCCAGCUACCUAAUAGGAGUCAUUGAUGGUAGCUUUGAGAUAGGUAACCUGUUGGUGAUCGCCUUUGUCAGCUACUUCGGGGCCAAGCUCCACAGGCCAAAGAUCAUAGCCAUGGGCUGCGUUUUGAUGUCCAUUGGUACCUUCAUCAUCGCUCUGCCGCACUUCAUCAUUGGACGCUAUGAAUUUGAAACAUCAGUGAGGUGGAUGAUGAACUCAACCCUUGACUCAUCUCCAUGUCGGGGGGCUUCAGCAGUCGACCUGACACAAGAUGCUGCACUGCCUCAGGUGCCAUCCACAAGUUGUGAUGGUGACUCCAACUUGUCCAUGUGGAUCUACGUGCUCCUGGGGAACGUCUUGCGGGGGAUCGGAGAGACCCCUGUUCAGCCCCUGGGGAUCUCAUACAUAGAUGAUUUUGCCUCUGAGGAGAAUGCUGCACUAUAUGUUGGCUGUGUGCAGACUAUCUCUGUGGUUGGCCCCGUCUUUGGAUACCUCCUGGGUUCCCUUUGUGCUAAAAUCUAUGUGGAUAUUGGAUAUGUGAAAAUGGAGACCAUCACCAUUACCCCAGCAGAUGCCCGUUGGGUGGGAGCCUGGUGGCUGGGCUACCUCAUAGCUGGAAUCAUCACCCUGCUCUCUGCCAUCCCAUUCUGGUUUCUGCCCCGUUCUCUACCAACAUCUGAGUCUCGGCUUCCACAGAACUGUACUCAGGAGCAGACUAGUUUCAUCAAAAAUUCUCCGCAUCCAAAGCAUAAGUACCAAGCAGAGGAGCAUACCAACUUUCUAGAAAUGGCUAAAGAUUUUAUCCCGACUUUGCGGACUCUUCUGGGCCACCCCGUGUAUCUGAUCUACCUGUGUGUGACAGUCAUUCAGCUGAACUCUCUCAUUGGCAUGGUCACCUACAAACCCAAGUACAUUGAGCAGCAUUUCAGGCAGUCUGCCUCAAAAGCCAACUUUCUGAUGGGUGUGAUCAAUAUCCCUGCUGUGGCAUUGGGGAUGUUUUCUGGUGGUCUGCUGAUGAAGAGGCUUAAGCUGAACAUCAUGGGAGCAGCCAAGUUAGCUUUUGGCACCUCCCUGAUUGGUUACAUCUUGUCACUGUUUUUCUUUGCAAUGAGUUGUGAGAACGCAAAGGUAGCUGGAGUGACGCUGCCGUAUAACAGCAUAGAUGAGUUUUCUUUUGACAAACACUCCGUGUUCACAGCCUGCAACUCAGACUGUUUGUGUUCAGCGAGUGAGUGGGACCCAGUGUGCGGGGAGAACGGCAUCACAUAUGCAUCUCCAUGUCUUGCUGGUUGCACUACGUCUACAGGCUCGGGGAAGAACACAGUCUUCUGGAACUGUAGCUGUGUCGGUGUGGCCGGUAACUUUACAGCCAGUGCGGGUCAGUGCACUGACAAGGACAACUGCGACAGGAUGUUCUCGUACUUCCUGGCUCUCUCUGUCAUCACUUCCUUCAUCAUCUCUCUAGGGGGCACUCCGGGCUACAUGUUUCUCAUCAGGUGCAUCAAGCCACAGCUGAAGUCGCUCGCUCUCGGUUUUCAUGCUUUAGCCACGCGGACCCUUGCAGGAAUCCCAGCACCCAUCUACUUUGGAGCAAUCAUUGACACCACAUGUCUCAAAUGGGGUCAGAAGAGAUGUGGAGGCUUAGGAGCGUGUAGAAUCUACAACACCACCGCCCACAGGAUAGCGUACCUGGGCCUAACUCUGAGCCUUCGGACUAUCUCAUUCAUCAUUUGCAUUCCGGGUUUCAUCCUGCUCAGCCGACAGAUGAAGGAGGAGGAAAAAUGUGCCGCACACGGAGCUCUGACUAACGGCGGGACGGAGCUGGAGUUGCUCAGGAAAGAAGAGUUUGUGACACUAAAGCCGACCAACCAGUGCACUCCUCGGUCAACGGCGCAGAUCGGCAUGCCUGGAAGUGACCUCUGACCCAACGGAUAAGAACUUUUCUUCUUUUUGUGUGGUUGUCAUUCAAACAAGUACACUUAUAAGUUUGUACAGUGUGAUACUCUAAACGUGCGCACACGCACACACACGCGCGCUUACUAAAAAUGAGAUUUGCAGGGACAGCAUUAAUCUAUAUUUGUACUACUGAAUGUGGAGGUAUUUCUGGAAUGUACAUUCUAUUGUUUUUGCUUUUCAAAACAAAAAAAACUAUUUUUCUGGUUGGAUUCUGGCACAAAGGCUAGAAAAGAAUCUUGACUUAUGCAGGCCAAACACCAGCAUUGAACUGAGCUGCCUCUGCAGAAAUAAUGGUUACAAAUGGAGGAUUUUCUCCCUAAUAUUACAGAGCAGCAGAGAUAAAGUGGCCUUAUGAAGCAUUCAGAAGGCUUCUGCAGGCUGUUUACGCUUCUCAACGGCCUGCAGGUGUAAAUGUGAUGUACAGUAAACAGUAUGUGCCUCCUUCACUCAACAGUUACCUCGGUGUGCCAUCGAUCCUGACGACAGUGGAGCAACUUUAAACAGUUGCAUGCUGUAAGUCUUCAGAAACUCGUGAGAAAAAUCAUCUAAAAGAAGAAAAAGACUUUGCCUUUGACAAAAAGCCCAAAGUUUGGUCUGAUUGUGUUGAAGUUUGUGUCGUGUUUUUCUGGAUGUGGAUUCUGGUGUUUAGUCACUUUAGAUAAAACAAGUUUUGUGUCGUCUGCUUGAAGUAGAAGCUGUUCUGAUUUAGAUAUCCUCAACGCCCAUAAAGAGGAGUCUGAAUUUCAUUUUCUGCCCAUAAGCAGCUUUUUAAAUGAUUGAUAGAAAUCUGAAAAACGGACAUGAAACCUAAAAACAGAAAUACUCCCAGAUGAACCAGGUUCUGGUGUUAAUAUACUGUUGUGUCUUCAACAAAAGAAGUCUGUGACAUUGAGACACUGAUUGUUAGUAUAACGUGUAUUUGUUACGUGUUUUUGGAAGUUUAAAAAGUCCCCGUUUGUGAAGUCAUUCGUAGUCUUUCUUCUGUUUGUGCCACUAGUUUCAGUUUGUGUAGUUCUGUGAGAUUUUUUUGGUUGUUUGUGCCAAAGCCCAGAAUUAUGGUGUGCUCUCAGGUUUUUUCUCUCCUCUAAUCAGAAACAGUUUUUCUGAAUACAUUUUCCAAAGUUUAAAUAUGAAAAGAAGUUUUAAAAAUGA